UGGCAACAUUGAAAGGUUUGUCUCCAUCCAUGUGUUUGUAAAUGUGACCGGCUACACGUGGUUUUUUUUAAUAUUAUAAUUUAUAACAAUGGAAGCUUGCGAGGUAUUAGGAUUACAUCAGGAAACAGUAUUACCAAAAUCAAGUGAAAAGAAGAAAAAGAAAACAAAAUCUCUUGGAGAAAUACAGUGUGAACAAACAUUUUCUGUUGUUCCUUCUGAUGCACCUCCUGCUUUAAACUGUGGCAAGUGGCCGCUUCUUUUAAAACAUAUCGAUAGACUGAAUAUUCGCACAUGUCAUUAUACACCAAUACCAUGCGGCAGUUCACCUCUAAAGAGAGAAAUUAGAGAAUAUCUAAGAUCUGGUUUCAUCAAUUUAGAUAAGCCUUCAAAUCCAUCAUCACAUGAAGUUGUUGCUUGGUUGAAAAGGAUUUUAAGAGUUGAAAAAACAGGCCACAGUGGGACUCUUGAUCCAAAAGUAACAGGCUGUCUUGUAGUUUGUAUUGAACGUGCUACACGUCUUGUCAAGUCUCAGCAGGGAGCAGGAAAAGAAUAUGUAUGCAUUUUCAAGCUGCAUAAUUCUGUUGACGAUCCUCAGAGAGUUCCAAAGGCUUUAGAAGCUUUAACAGGAGCUCUCUUUCAAAGACCACCUUUAAUAUCUGCUGUUAAACGUCAGCUAAGGGUUAGGACUAUUUAUGAAGUAAAACUUUUAGAAUUUGAUAAUGAAAAAAAUUUAGGUAUCUUCUGGGUAAGUUGUGAAGCAGGAACGUAUGUGCGAACCAUGUGUGUUCACUUGGGCCUUUCGCUUGGAGUUGGUGGUCAGAUGGCUGAACUGCGAAGAGUUCGUUCUGGUAUUCAGAGUGAAAAGGAAAACUUAUUUACAAUGCAUGAUGUUCUGGAUGCCAUGUGGGUUUAUGAUAAUGAGAGAGAUGAAACCUAUCUUAGGAGAGUUGUUCAACCUCUUGAAGCUCUGUUAACUACUCACAAAAGAAUAGUUGUAAAAGACACUGCAGUGAAUGCUAUCUGCUAUGGUGCAAAAAUUAUGUUACCUGGUAUUUUGAGGUAUGAAGAUGGUAUUGAACUCAACCAAGAAAUAGUUAUUAUUACCGUGAAAGGUGAAGCCAUUGCCCUGGCUAUUGCUCUGAUGACUACAUCAACAAUUUGUAGCUGUGAUCAUGGAAUUGUUGCUAAAAUAAAGAGAGUCGUUAUGGAACGAGAUACAUAUCCUAGAAAAUGGGGCUUAGGACCAAAAGCCUCACUUAAAAAAAAGAUGAUACAAGAAGGUUUAUUAGACAAGUAUGGUAAUCCAAAUGAAAAAACUCCAGCUGAUUGGUCUGAGAUUUUUAAAGAUGGUAUUGUGAAAACAGAGCCUACCUCUCCUACCCCACAGAUCAAAAAGGAAAAGCCAGAUGACAGUAUUUCAGAAGCACAAAAGAAACAAGUUCCAAGUGCUGAAGAAUCUGAUGAUAGCAGCGAGGAGGAGGUACCAGUGCCAAAAAGUCCAGAAAAGAAAAAACAUAAAGAAAAAAAGCAUAAACAUAAGCAUGCUCAUAGUGCUGAAGAAUCUGACAUGCCGUCAGAAGAAAAGAAAAAGAAAAAAAAGAAAAAGAAAAGUUCAUCUCAUGAUGAGUGACUUUACAUUCCUCACAAAAGAGGUGUAUUUUUUUAAAAAAAUCAUUUAAUGUACCUCAGUAUCUCUCAUCUAUAUUAAAAGACAUGCUACAAACAAAUUUUUAAGCAUCAUUUUAUGUAAAAGAAGAUCCUUUAAAUUUCUGAGUCAUCUGCCAAAUUAAAGAUACUAUCAUAAUCUA